AUGGACGAUUCCCUCGCGGAGAUCGACGAGCGCCUGAACGACGAGAACUUCGUCGUCGUCGACGGGUUCCUCCCGAGAGAGGACGUGAUCAAACUGAAACGCGAGGUGAAGCGCGCGCACGAGACCGGGCACAUGACCCCGGGCGUCCUCGCGGGCGGGAAAGCCGGGAACGCGACGCAGUACACGAUGAAACACGUCCGCGGCGAUCACGUCGGGUGGUUCUCCGGGACGGAGGCGGACAUCGGCUGGGAGCUCCUCCCGGCCGCGAUGAAAAAGACGGACACGCUCGUGAACGAGCUCGGGAAGCUCGGCGGGGAGUGUUCGCACGUGUCCUCGCGCUCGCAGGCAAUGUGCUCGGUGUACCCGGGCGGCGGCGCGAGGUACGUUCGACACGUGGACAAUCCGGAUCAGAACGGGCGGCUCGUCACCGCGCUGAUAUAUCUGAACGAAUCGUGGGAGGAAGGCGACGGCGGCGAGCUGCGCGCGGCGCCGGUGAAACUCGUCGACGUCGCGCCGCUCGGUGGAAGGCUCGUGCUGUUCAAGUCCAACGCGCGCGUGCCUCACGAGGUCCUCGCCGCGAACGCGGACAGGUACGCGGUGACUCUGUGGUACUUUCACAAGGAAGAG